UCCUCAAUUUUAUUGAAUCAAAACUCACUAACUCACGGACACGAUAGAUAUAACAUGAAGAAAAAUACUACAUCAAGAAUCAAGAUAAGUUAAAGACUAGAACAAGAUAAAACACAGUUACAUUGCGCUAAUUCACUUUGUUGUUUGAACAGCAGGACUUUAAGUUACUGUGAUAUAGCUGACUACAUAGUUUAAUUCUAUCGGUAACAUGGCUGAGGCUCCUGACCCUGAUAAAGUGUCAACUGAAGUUUCUAAAGACAAGAAAGAUGAAUCUAACAAAGAAUUCUCAGAAACUGUCAAGAGUGGAUAUGCUGCUCUUAUGCCAACCAUCCGGGCAUCCAACAGUCUGCCGAAAGGUACACAAUGGGACUUAUUUUGCACAUCGCCUGCAUUCAAACCUAUAAUGGAUUCUCUUGCAGGCAAAACUCUGGAACUAAUGGCCUGCAUUCUCAAUCAUCAAGGCAUUCAUCGGGAAAUCAGAAAGCGAGAUUUAGAAGAAAAAUAUGAGUUGGUUGUCGAGACAAAUGACAAAAUAUUGGAGAGAGUGGGCAUUCACUUGGACGAGCUGUCUGGAAUACGCAGGAAUCCUGUGCAGGCUGAGGUCAACAUUCCUGUUAGUCACGUCAACAGACCUAGCGGAAGUUGGAAUAAGGACAUCUCUCAGUCUGCCGCUUGGAAGGAAGUGAGACAGACCAAGGACGCCCCGUCUCCAGUGGUGCUGAAGAGUGCCCGAAUGACAAUCAGACCUCAAGUCAAGUUCCAUGAUAAAAUUGACAACCGGUCGAUUCCUUUUGAGCCACGAAUCAAGGAGAAGCCCAAUGCAUUGAAGCCCCUUGCUAUUCUGUAUGAAGAACUGCCUGACCAAGAUGCAUGCUACAGCCACCCGUAUGAGUUUGAGCUGGAAAGAUUCCAAGAACGUAUAGACUCCCUGGAUCUGUCACCCCGCACACCACAGAAGCCACUACCAGUGCAAGACACACCUCUGGCCUUUGUGGUCACUGAGCAGCAACUGGACGAGUUACUGCAAGACCUGGAGCAGCAGACAGCCAUAGCUGUGGAUCUGGAGCACCACUCAUACAGAUCCUUCCAAGGGUUUACUUGCUUGAUCCAGAUAUCGACCAGAGAAAAGGAUUACAUCGUUGACACUCUGGAGUUGCGCCAUAAACUACACAUACUCAACAAAGUCUUCACCAAUCCUAAGAUUGUCAAGGUGUUCCACGGCGCAGACAGUGACAUACCCUGGCUACAGAGAGACUUCUCCCUAUAUGUAGUGAACAUGUUUGACACCUAUCAGGCAGCUCUACUGCUCUCCCUGCCUAGACUGAGUCUGGCCCAUCUGCUCAAGACAUUCUGUAACGUUGAUGCCAACAAGUGUUACCAACUGUACGACUGGAGAACAAGACCGCUAGGCACGGAGGCCAUCAAGUAUGCUAGGGAGGACACACACUAUCUGCUGUACAUCUACGACAUUUUGUGGAACAAGUUACUGGAGAGGUCUAAGGGAGGAGAUCAUCUGCUACAGAGUGCCAUCUUCCGCAGUGCUGACACUUGUAAAAAGAGAUAUUGGAAGCCCAUCUACAAGGAGGAUAGUUACGAAGGCAUGUAUAGACAGAGUAAGAAGAACUUUGACAACAGGCAACUCUAUGCUUUGAAAGCGCUGUAUGCAUGGAGAGAUAGCACAGCACGGGAAGAAGAUGAAAGCUUAGGGUAUGUGCUGCCCAACCACAUGUUGUUGCUAAUCGCCGAGACUCUACCUAAGGAGAUGCAAGGUAUCCUUGCUUGCUGCAACCCUAUCCCUCCUCUAGUGCGGCAGAACUUAGUCUUGCUGCAUCAGAUUGUUCUCAAGGCCAGAGAGCAGCCUUUGGUUGUGCGGAUGACCUCUGUGAACACAGAGACUAGAGCUCGGCCGGCCCAGCAGACCAGUUACAACCUAGAGGGAGCUCUGCACUGUCCUCACGACCUGACUCACAACAUGGACUACAGGGACAACCUGCCUACACUACUGGACCACAACCACAACCUGGGCGAGGCACCCGCGGGACUGGUGCAAGAAAACCCGACCUCUCGGUUGUUUGACAGAAUGGAGAAAGCCGAGAGCAGAUUAUCAACAAUGAGCUUACCCAAUCAAAUCCACUUUAUGAGUCCAUUUGAGAGGUACAAGAGGAUGUUGGCGUACUUGGAGGAGGAAGGGGAGAAGACAGAUGAACAGAAGGAGGAAGAGAUUCAAAGAGAUACGCAGAACUUGUUGGAUCAAUGUAUGAGAGAAAGACUAAGGGCAUCUGGUGGCUUGGUCAGUGAACUCACCAAUAUUAAACAAGAAAGUGAGUCAACAAAUCCGAGAAAGAGGUAUCGAUCUCAAGAUUCUCAAGAUGAACCUCUAAAUGAUUCAAUGAACGUUUCUAUAAAAUCAGAAACAAGUCUUGAAGAAACCUUAAAUAACUCCCUCAAGAAGAGGAAGCACACAAGUGAAGAAGCUAGCAGCACACUUGACGAUUCAGUAAUCAGCGUAAAAAGUGAAGAAUGCCCUUCACCAAGGAAAAACAAGAAGAAACAAAAAACACUCAAUAAACCAGAAGAUAAAGAAACAGAAGUAAAUAUAGAAGAGGAAGAUAAAGAUUCACCAACCAAGAAAAGAAAAAUUGAACACAUCGAAGAAGAUGAAGCACAACAAAUAAAAACUGGCGCAAAGAAAAAACAAUUCGGCGGUAAACAAGGAUUUGGGAAAAAGUCGUCGGAAAGCUUCACACCUUUUGACUACAGUCAAGUAGACUACAAAGAGUACCAACAGUCUGGAACUGGACUGGCUAAAAGAAAUUCUUCUGAUAAAUUUAAACACAAGGGAAAGAAAAAACAGCAAAACAAACUGUUCACAUUUCAGAGACAGUUUGGAAAUGGAGGAGGGAAAAAGAAAUAAACGUGCCAAAUAUAUCUACCAGAAGCUAUUUUGUUCUCAUUUUCUACAAAUUGUAAAUAAAGGAUAAAUCUUUUACACACUAAAA